AUUUUUAUUGGAAGCAAUUGAAGUGGUUGCUAUGAGACCCGCUCCAGCAGAGGACCAGCAGGCAGCCCGACGCUGAUGGUUCUUGUCACGCAGUAAAGCUUUCCUUUGACACAGUUUUAGAGUUGUUUACUAUCCGAGCAAGCACCUGACACGGGUGACUUUUCCUUCCUUUUUUUCUCCUCGGGUCCCCCGGGUAAGAUGGAAAUAGAAAACGAAGCCCACUGCUGCUCUGGCAGCUCAUCAGGCGGGUCCAGAGAGUACAAGGUGGUAAUGCUGGGCGCAGGGGGCGUUGGUAAAAGCGCAGUGACAAUGCAGUUUAUAAGCCACCAGUUCCCAGAUUAUCAUGACCCCACAAUUGAAGAUGCUUACAAAACCCAGGUGAGGAUUGACAACGAGCCUGCUUACUUAGACAUCUUGGACACCGCCGGUCAGGCAGAGUUCACGGCCAUGCGGGAGCAGUACAUGCGUGGGGGUGAAGGCUUCAUCAUCUGCUAUUCUGUUACCGACCGCCAGUCAUUCCAGGAGGCUGCCAAGUUCAAGGAGCUUAUUUUCCAGGUCCGUCACACCUAUGAAAUUCCCCUUGUGCUGGUGGGUAACAAAAUUGACCUGGAGCAGUUCCGCCAGGUCUCUACAGAAGAAGGCAUGAAUCUUGCUCGAGAAUAUAGCUGUGCCUUCUUUGAGACCUCUGCAGCCCUCCGAUUUGGUAUUGAUGAUGCUUUUCAAGGCUUAGUGAGAGAAAUUCGCAGGAAGGAAUCCAUGCUGUCCUCAACGGAAAAGAAAUUAAAGAGGAAGGACAGUCUGUGGAAGAAGAUAAAAAGCUCGCUGAAGAAGAAGAGAGAAAGCAUGACAUGAUACUUUACUUCUGUGUCCUUCCCAUCUCUCUUUCUAGAUUUUAUCAACCAGACAAUUGUUCCUCUCCUUCCCUUUCCCCCUCCUCUCAAUAGCUACCUGCAGGCAAAAAUUAGACUUCUAUAACUGUGGGUCUUGAGAUAGUUUUAUUUUGCCUUUAACAGCUGGAUAGAUUUUGUCAAUCAGCUGGAUAAUGCUAUUUAGAUUUUACAAUGUAUUACCAAAUAAAAUUAACAUUCCAAUUGCCUCAUUUUCCUGUAAAGAGUAGCUUCAUUUCGUAUGCUGUCUGGUUAUAAAGAAAAUAUGCAAACUUGUAGCUAGGAUGAUAAAAGGCUUAGGGGAUCUGCUGUUGCCUGAUAACUCUGGUUGUUUGAGUUUCACAAAUCUGUAAAUAAUGAAGAGGCUGGAACAGUUCAAAGCAAAAGAUUAAGUCCUGGUCUUCUCUUAAGUGGAAGAGUCUUGGUAUUUCUUUUUGAGUCCUCUGUAGAUGAGCAUUAGAGAAAUUGCUGAUAAUAUAAACUGAUGGGUCAUUAAAGGAUGGAAAUCACAUGUCCUCCAUAUUCACAGUGCUCAGCCUGCCAUACACUUUUAAAGAAUUAUCAUAGUGAAUUUACUUUGAUGAAAGAAUGUGGUUUCUGUUGUGGGAAGGCAGCAACACUAUGAACUUGGUGAUACAUAGGCCCAAGACAGGACCCUUCGACUCUCUCAAUGAAUUCCUCUUAGGAUUGCUACACCUGCAUAGUAGCCAUCUGUCUGCAGGGAUGUAGCCUCUGCAAACCGAAUGUUCUAUUCAUAUUAUUAAAUUCCCUGUCUCAUUUUCCAAGAAAUAGUUCAAGAAGCUGUCAUCGGAAGUAUUGCUGUUAUUUGUCUUACAAUGGUUCAUUAUGUAAAAUAAAAUCUCCCAUUCACCCAUUUUCCCCGUGUGUAAAUUAGUUUGUUUAAACCCAAGCUCAGAAAGCAACCACUGGAAAGAAUGAUAAUGGACAAGUGUUAAGAGAGAAAACUGAAAAGCUAAGCCUAAAAUGGAAUCUGUCAAAACAAUUUUCAUGGAUUGAGGGCAGUUUUAUCAUAAAUUAGGGAACAGCAGGGUUGAGGGACAAGUAUCUCACUCACUCUCUUUCUCUUCUUUGGCUCACAAUGCUCCUGGAACUGGCUAAGUGCUGAGAUUGGAGAAAUGAAUCAUUCAGACAUGGACCCUGACUUCCUGUAGCUUAACAUUUACCUGGCAGAUUCACUCCACUGAAAUAAUACUGGAAUCAUAAAUUCUUGUAAAGGAAAAAGACACAUUCCUUGUAUAUAGAUACAGGGGAAAUCUAGGUUGUCAAUGCCUAGCUGUUGAAAUAAAACUCAGCUUUUCUGAAUAUUUUAUUUUGGGGUUAUUUUAUAACUUAGACUAGGAUCCUUUUCUUAGGAUCAAGAAGUUGAUGUUAUUGAUCUUUUGUUGUUAUAAUAACUGGAAAUACAUCCCUUUGAGUUUUUCUCAAGCCACAUUGUUUAUAGUUUUCUUCAUCCUGAAAUUCUAGUAAAAUUAAAUACACUACACAUUUCUCUUCUAAGGCAUACAUCAUUAAAAAGAAAUAUCAAAAAAGGAAAGAAAAUACAAAAAUU